AAUAGAUCAAGUAAUACUUGGCAAAAUGCGUGACCUAGAUAGAUGGGGUAGAUUUUAAUGGUCUAAAAAGCGGAUGUUAGAUUCUUUCUGGCUCAAUCGAUCAUUCACUGGCAUUAGGAACAUUUGCUAUUCCAAAAUGUUUCGUAGAGGUCGCUGUGCAAAAUGUGCAGAGCCAUUUCUGAACGAGCAAGCUAUUUUGGCACGCGGACAACUGUACCACGUGAACCACUUAUGCUGCAACUAUUGCGAUGAGCGGAUAUGUUAUAUCGAGGAAAGCUUCAUCAUGGACGGUAUUAAAGUCGCAUGUACUCGUUGCUUCGACAAACUCAGCCCCAAAUGUCAUAAGUGCAAAAGGUCCAUUGUCAACGAUUAUGUCGUAAAUGAUGGUGGCUUAUAUCACCUUAACUGCUUUAAAUGCACCCGAUGUCAUCGUGUUUUGGAUGUGGAAUAUUUUGAAGAUGAAGAUGGUCGUCUAUUAGACAGAAAAUGUGUUUGGGGCGAAGUGCUAAUGGAUCACAUUGUUCAUGAUAUUAAUAACAUUGUUCCUUCUAAAUACUGAUCGAUUCUACAUGUGAUAAAUGAAAUACUAAGUUAUGGUUGUCUUUUAAUUGUAAUAAUCAGUAUAAAACCAUGAAAGGUCCCCCAUCUCUUCCUGGACAACUUGAUAAUCAAAGAGGACGAGAUCUGGAUCCUCUUAAACCUUUAAAUGUGAGCUUGACAUGAGGAAUUUAAUUUCAUUUACAAUUUUAUAUCCUUGAGAAUUUGAAAAGCAUGAAAUUACGUCGGCACAAUGUUAAUCGCUAAAACUA